UAUAUAUAAAGGAAUCUAAUAUAUAAAGGACAUUCCUUUAAUAUGGGUAAAUCUGUUUUGAAAUUGCGCAAGACCACCAGAUUGGCACGUUUCUAUUGGAUGGAUGACGUCAUUGAUUGUGAAAAGUAAGCUGUUGGUAGGCCUAUGUUUCCCACUCUACAACUGAAAUAAACAUGUUUUUCUUCAUGCACAAACAUGCAAUGCUGAUGAGUCAUUCUGGAUGUUAUCUGGCCAGUGGCCACAAAGUCAUGUGAGAAUCUGCAUGACCUUUGCACAUUGUUCAUAUUGGACUUCAUUUGGAUUCUGGAUGUCAUUGUCAAACCACCCUCCCAACAUCGUUUCAAAGAACUUGUGGGACUACGGAAAUGGAGGUGCAACGUUACUUAAACCGCAUUGGCUACUCCGGGUCUGCUUUGCCAACUUUGGAAACUUUGCAGCAGGUUCACCGCUGCCACAUGCUGAAUGUGCCAUUCGAAAAUCUUACCACUCACAGUGGCGGAAAAACCCAACUGGACAUUCCUUGGCUGUACGACAAGAUAGUUGUGCAGCGCCGAGGAGGCGUUUGCUAUGAGAUCAACGGGCUCUUCUCGUGGCUGUUAGCACAGUUGGGGUACCAAACAACCAUACUUGCAGCACAAGUGAGAAGCCGAUUCACGAAUGCGUAUGGCCCUCCUUUCGACCACUUCAUCACCAUGGUAACUCUGGAUGGACACAGGUGGUUAUGUGAUGUGGGCUUUGGCGCGUGCUUCGAAAUGCCUCUCUCUCUUGAAACACAGGCCCCCCAAAAACAGGCUCACGGGGUCUUCAGGUUAAAACGUCGAGGAGACAUGAUUUUUAUGGAGACCAGCGUUGAGGCGCAAGGUGAGACUCCAGAAGGCUUCAAAGAUGCAACCACAGAAGAUGGCAUAACCUGGGAAGGACGCUACAAAUUCACAUUGCAACCGCGGCAAAGGGAGGAGUACAGAGAGAUGUGCGUCUACCACCAGACCUCCCCCUGCUCUCUGUUCUUCUGCAAGUCCCUCUGCACUCUACUGUUGCCCCAUGGAAGGAUCACAUACAUUGGCUUUAAACUGCUGGUCACCACUUACCCCACAGAGGAGGGAGGCUCUGUGGUCAAAACCACCCAAGAGUUGACAGCUGAAGAGAUCCCAGCCAUACUGAAAGAAAAGUUUGGGAUUGAGCUUUCCUCUCCACUCAUCCCAAAGGAUGAGGAUAUUAUGCCUCCCCCAGUCAGGUACUGAUUUGGAAGGCCGCAAUCUCCAACCGCAUUGAGUUGGAAGCAGCUUUGCCAUUCAUUUUGAUAAGCCAGCAUACAUCCCACGCCUGCAUGUUUACUGAUCAGGAUGCAUGUGUUCAAGGCCAUUAUACAUAAUUGGAUGAGAUUGCAGGUGCAACUGCAGUGUACAUUAAGUGCAGGCCUAACAAAGCCAGUGUGCCUGUCUCAAGAUAGUGGAACAAACCUCACACUCCUCAGUCUUAUUGGCUGGUUAGCUAUAUUCAGUGGGGCUGGUCCUCAUCACUGCUGGCUGCUCCAUCUACCUGAACCCCUUGCAUGAGCUCUCAUCUCUGCAAGGACAAUUAGACAGCUUUAUGCAGCAUGCAUACCUGUAAAUGAAGAGCUCUUUUCCAAAACGCUAUAUCCACCAUUUUUUUUACUUUUUGCAAUAUAAUAUUGUAAUUUACUGUCAUUUAUGUGUGAAUUAUUGCCAUUCAAAUGUUUGGAGAAAAUACUUUUUAAACCUCUAUAAAAUGCAUUUUACAAUGCAAUUCAAUGUAAUGCCCAAUACAAAAAUGUCAAUUUCCCAACAUUCUAUAAAAUGGAUAUAUCUCACUUUGGAAAAGAGCUCUUCAUAUAUUUUCCAGCAAUUCAUUCACGAUGUAAAGAAUUACGCUGCUAAUUGUGCCUCCUAUUUGCCUACCUCCACAAUGAUGCCUUAAUUUUGUAAUUGACAAUCAUGUGUUUCCUCAAUUAAAAAAAUGUAUGCACUUCCUCAAUUAAAAAUGUAUGCGGUGCAUUAACAAC